AUGACUAUAAGUACGCCUGUGGGCAUUUUUGAAUAUAAGUUCUUGCUGUUUUUACCCAAUUUUCAUUUGUGGGUGCCAGAACUUUGUUUUACUGCGGUCGUGUUACACAGCAAUGCAACUAACGUGCACAUCAAAAUGUGCAUGUGUGUCAGGAAGGGAUGCACGAGAAACAAGAAAAAAAAAACUGGAGGCACCGGUGAAAGUUAUAUAGUUACACUUCUGUUUUUCAAGUUACGGAUUGUCCAUUUGCUUCUUUUUAUACCCCCUUUACAAAAUUUUUUUUUGCUCUUGAAGAUGGUGGUUGCUGCCAUCGCGACUGGCUUCGCCUUGUUUCUCUUGACAUUUUGUCUUACAGUUCUUCUGGAGAAGUUCGUACCACAAUGUGUUCCACCUUUUCCCCCACUUUCCCCCCCCUCGAUAGGAUUUUGGCGUUUCUUGAUGUUUGUGCGCACUCCAUCACGUAAGACACGCAGUUUAGCAAAUGCUGCUGAACCGCUUCAUCCACUUCUAUGGAUUCCAUCUGUGGCGCAGCCGUUUCUCGGUUAA